AUGGCUGUAAUUUGGUUUGUAAGUGGAGUUGUAUUGGGUCGCUGGACCCCAGCUCUCCUGCUCUUCGGACUUUCUAACAACAUCCUGCUGUCGUGGCUUGCCCGCUCACAUUUUUUCAUCCUCGGGACUUGGGUUCGGCCAACUCGUCAAAGGGAGAAUCGGAACCGUCAGUUCGGGGUCAUCCGCCCUGGCCCAGGCAGCAUUGUGGUACUUCCUCAUAUCAUUCAGCCAUGUCGCGGAUCACAUGAUACAGCUCUUGAACACGAGGCAAACUGUCAAGAAGAUGUCGUCGCUAUGUGGCGCAAAGCAGACCUGGACUACGGGGCCUCAACAGUACCGGCCUUGAAGCUUCAAGGUAACGCCCUCAAUGCCACAGAGACCGCUGAGAAGCAAUCGUCGCGGAGACUACAUGAUACGUCGCUGAAGGAGAAAUGA